AUGUCCUCGGCGGUGGGGCCCCGCGGUCCUCGCCCACCCACGGUGCCUCCCCCCAUGCAAGAGCUGCCCGACCUGAGCCACCUGACCGAAGAGGAGAGGAACAUUAUCAUGGCAGUGAUGGACCGGCAGAAGGAAGAAGAGGAAAAAGAAGAAGCCAUGCUCAAGUGUGUUGUCAGGGACAUGGCGAAGCCUGCUGCCUGCAAAACACCAAGGAAUGCUGAAAACCAGCCCCACCAACCUACACCGAGAUUGCAUCAACAAUUUGAAAGCUAUAAAGAACAAGUGAGGAAGAUAGGGGAAGAAGCACGGCGUUACCAGGGAGAGCACAAAGAUGAUGCUCCGACUUGUGGAAUCUGUCACAAAACAAAGUUUGCUGAUGGGUGCGGCCAUCUCUGCUCCUACUGCCGCACCAAGUUCUGCGCCCGCUGUGGAGGCCGCGUGUCUCUGCGAUCCAACAACGAGGACAAAGUGGUUAUGUGGGUAUGCAAUUUAUGUCGAAAGCAACAAGAAAUCUUAACCAAAUCUGGGGCGUGGUUCUUUGGAAGUGGCCCUCAGCAGCCAAGUCAGGAUGGAACCCUAAGUGAUACAGCUACAGGCGCUGGUUCUGAGGUACCGAGAGAAAAGAAAGCACGGCUCCAAGAGCGAUCACGGUCUCAGACACCCCUGAGCACAGCAGCUGCCUCCUCCCAGGACACAGCUCCUCCCAUCGCACAGCCAGAGAGGAGCAAAGGGGUGGAGUCCUCACAACAAGCCGUGGGGCCCGAACAGAAGCAGGUUUCAUCCAGGUCUAGAAGUGAACCUCCAAGAGAGAGGAAGAAGACUCCAGGGCUCUCUGAGCAGAAUGGCAAAGGAGCCCAGAAGAGCGAGCGCAAGCGCGUGCCAAAGUCCUCAGCGCAGCCGGGAGACGGGGCCGUGGAAGAACGCGAGCGGAAAGAAAGGCGGGAAAGCCGACGGCUUGAGAAAGGGCGGUCACAGGACUACACAGACGUGCCCGAGAAACGAGAGGACCGCAAAGCGGUGGACGAUGAGAAGCAAAGGAAAGAGGAGGAGUACCAGACCAGGUACCGCAGCGACCCGAAUCUGGCGCGGUACCCGGUGAAGCCGCCGCCGGAGGAGCAGCAGAUGCGCAUGCACGCCCGGGUGUCCCGCGCUCGGCACGAGCGGCGCCACAGCGACGUGGCGCUGCCGCGCACCGAGGCCGGCGCCGCGCCGCCCGACGCCAAGGCCGGCAAGCGCGCUGCGGCCGCCGCCAGAGCUUCUCCGCCGGACUCGCCGCGGGCCUACUCGGCCGAGAGGACUGCGGAAGUCAGGACGCCGGGCGCCAAGCAGCUGACGAACCACAGCCCCCCCGCGCCCAGGCAUGGGCCAGUCCCCGCAGAAGCCCUGGAGCCCAAAGCCCAGGAGCCCCUCAGGAAGCAGAGCCGCCUGGACCCCAGCUCGGCAGUCCUCAUCAGGAAGUCCAAGCGCGAGAAGGUGGAGACCAUGCUGCGGAACGACUCCUUGAGCUCUGAUCAGUCUGAGUCCGUGCGGCCUUCCCCGCCCAAGCCACACCGGUCCAAGAGAGGUGGCAAGAAGCGGCAGAUGUCCGUGAGCAGCUCCGAGGAGGAGGGCGUGUCCACGCCGGAGUACACCAGCUGCGAGGAUGUGGAGCUGGAGAGCGAGAGUGUCAGCGAGAAAGGUGACUUGGAUUAUUACUGGUUGGAUCCUGCCACGUGGCAUAGCCGGGAAACAUCACCUAUUAGUUCGCAUCCUGUAACGUGGCAACCAUCUAAAGAGGGGGACCGAUUAAUUGGACGUGUUAUUCUGAACAAGAGAACAACCAUGCCCAAAGAAUCAGGUGCAUUACUGGGUCUGAAAGUUGUUGGAGGAAAAAUGACUGACUUAGGACGCCUUGGUGCCUUCAUCACCAAAGUAAAGAAGGGUAGCCUUGCAGAUGUAGUUGGACACUUACGAGCAGGGGAUGAAGUUCUAGAAUGGAAUGGUAAACCCCUGCCGGGAGCUACAAAUGAAGAAGUUUACAACAUUAUUUUAGAAUCAAAAUCAGAACCUCAAGUUGAAAUUAUUGUUUCAAGGCCUAUUGGUGAUAUUCCACGGAUCCCUGAGAGCUCCCAUCCUCCACUGGAGUCCAGUUCAAGUUCCUUUGAAUCUCAGAAGAUGGAAAGACCUUCCAUUUCUGUUAUUUCUCCAACAAGUCCUGGAGCUCUAAAAGAUGCCCCCCAAGUCUUGCCAGGACAACUUUCUGUGAAGCUGUGGUAUGAUAAAGUGGGACACCAGCUGAUUGUAAAUGUUCUGCAAGCAACAGAUUUACCGACUAGAGUAGAUGGGCGUCCCAGGAAUCCCUAUGUGAAAAUGUAUUUUCUUCCAGAUAGAAGUGAUAAAAGCAAAAGGAGGACUAAAACAGUAAAGAAAGUACUAGAACCAAAAUGGAAUCAAACAUUUGUCUAUUCACAUGUACAUCGUAGAGAUUUUAGAGAACGGAUGUUAGAAAUAACUGUGUGGGAUCAACCAAGAGUACAAGAAGAAGAGAGUGAAUUUCUUGGAGAGAUCCUCAUAGAAUUGGAGACAGCACUUUUAGAUGAUGAGCCACAUUGGUAUAAACUUCAGACGCAUGAUGAAUCUUCACUACCUCUGCCUCAGCCAUCACCUUUCAUGCCAAGGCGACACAUUCAUGGAGAAAGCUCUAGCAAAAAACUACAAAGAUCUCAGCGAAUCAGUGAUAGUGACAUCUCAGAUUAUGAGGUUGAUGAUGGUAUUGGAGUAGUUCCUCCAGUAGGUUAUAGGUCUAGUGCUAGAGAAAGUAAAUCUACAACAUUAACUGUGCCAGAACAGCAAAGAACAACUCAUCACCGCUCACGUUCAGUAUCUCCUCACCGCGGCGAUGAUCAGGGAAGGCCGCGUUCACGUUUACCAAAUGUGCCAUUACAGAGGAGUUUAGAUGAAAUUCAUCCAACAAGAAGGUCACGUUCUCCAACCAGACACCAUGAUGCCUCCCGAAGUCCAGUUGAUCACAGAUCCAGAGAUGUGGAUAGUCAGUAUUUAUCAGAACAAGACAGUGAGCUUCUUAUGCUGCCCAGAGCAAAACGAGGACGAAGUGCAGAAUGCCUCCAUACUACCAGACAUUUUGGUAGGCACUAUAAAACAUUACCGCCUAAGAUGCCUUUAUUAGAGAAUGGUUCUCACUGGAAUAUUUACAGCUCAAUUCUGCCUGCACAUACCACAACCAAGUCAGUGACUAGACAGGAUUUUCCCCUUCAUCAUGAAUGCUUUAACGCAAGAGUAUUUACUGAUGAAAUAUUGGUUAGUGAACUGCAGCCCUCCCUUGACAGGGCUAGGAGUGCUAGUACCAACUGCUUGAGACCAGAUGCUAGUUUGCAUUCACCAGAACGAGAAAGGGGUAGAUGGUCCCCCUCCCUAGAUAGGAGACGACCUCCUAGCCCCAGGAUUCAAAUCCAGCAUGCAUCUCCGGAGAAUGACAGGCACUCCAGAAAGUCUGAAAGAUCUAGCAUCCAAAAACAGACUAGGAAAGGCACUGCCUCUGAUGCAGAAAGGGUUCUCCCACCAUGCCUUUCUAGAAGGGGAUACGCAGCCCUAAGAGCGACUGAUCAGCCAGUCCUUAGGGGAAAACAUCCCGCUCGCUCAAGGUCGAGUGAGCACUCUAGUGUCAGAACACUGUGUUCUACCCACCACCUUGCCCCUGGAGGGUCGGCGCCACCUUCUCCGCUUCUGACAAGAAUGCACAGACAAGCAAGUCCGACCCACACUCCUCCUGCAGACACAUCCGCCAGCAAUCGAAGGGGCCGGCAGCUCCCACAGGUGCCAGUGAGAAGCGGCAGUAUAGAACAAGCAAGCUUAGUAGUGGAGGAGCGAACAAGACAGAUGAAAAUGAAAGUGCAUCGAUUUAAGCAGACAACAGGGUCUGGUUCUAGUCAAGAACUUGAUCGCGAGCAAUAUUCCAAGUAUAACAUACAUAAAGAUCAGUACAGAAGCUGUGAUAACGUCUCUGCCAAAUCAUCAGAUAGUGAUGUCAGUGAUGUGUCCGCCAUUUCCCGAACCAGCAGUGCCUCACGCCUCAGCAGCACAAGCUUUAUGUCAGAGCAAUCUGAGCACCCCAGGGGUAGAAUCAGUUCAUUUACCCCUAAAAUGCAAGGCAGACGGAUGGGGACUUCUGGAAGAGCCAUCAUGAAGAGCACCAGUGUGAGUGGGGAGAUGUACACACUGGAGCAUAAUGACGGCAGUCAGUCUGACACAGCUGUGGGUACAGUUGGAGCAGGUGGAAAGAAAAGGAGAUCCAGCCUGAGUGCCAAAGUGGUUGCCAUAGUGUCUAGAAGGAGUAGAAGCACAUCCCAACUAAGCCAAACAGAGUCAGGCCACAAGAAGUUAAAAAGCACCAUACAAAGAAGCACAGAAACAGGAAUGGCAGCUGAAAUGAGGAAGAUGGUAAGGCAACCAAGUCGAGAGUCUACUGACGGCAGCAUCAACAGUUAUAGCUCCGAGGGAAACUUAAUAUUUCCUGGAGUACGACUAGGAGCAGACAGUCAAUUCAGUGAUUUUCUUGAUGGACUGGGACCAGCUCAGCUUGUUGGCCGCCAAACCCUUGCCACCCCUGCAAUGGGUGACAUACAAAUUGGAAUGGAGGAUAAAAAAGGCCAGUUGGAAGUUGAAGUUAUUAGAGCACGAAGCCUCACGCAAAAACCUGGUUCCAAGUCUACACCUGCUCCAUACGUCAAAGUAUAUCUUUUGGAAAAUGGGGCCUGUAUAGCCAAGAAGAAGACAAGAAUUGCACGAAAAACCCUUGAUCCUUUGUAUCAACAGUCCCUGGUUUUUGACGAAAGUCCACAGGGUAAAGUUCUUCAGGUCAUUGUCUGGGGGGACUAUGGCAGAAUGGACCAUAAAUGCUUUAUGGGUGUGGCUCAAAUCUUGUUGGAAGAACUCGAUCUAUCCAGUAUGGUAAUCGGAUGGUACAAGUUGUUCCCACCAUCAUCCCUGGUGGAUCCCACACUCACUCCCCUAACCCGCCGGGCUUCCCAGUCAUCUCUGGAAAGUUCAACUGGGCCUCCCUGCAUCCGCUCAUAGUGAACUCCUACCAGAGUCAUUCCAGUGAAACUCUACCUUUCAGGAUAAUAAUCUGAACCAGAUAUUUCAUGAUCAAAAGCAUUGUUGGAGACAGACAAUCAACUUGUGUUUUGCCUGUAGUAGUUUUUCAAUAAUAUGUCCCACUUGUUGUUUAAAACCUGGCUUCAUAUGACAGAACAAGGCAGUCUAUCAAAUUACAGUAAGAGUCAACAUGCUAGUGAGAGUCACUGAUGCUUCUAACAAACAGAAAAAGAGGAAACUUCAAAUACACACACAGACACA